AUGAAGACUAUUGCUUUGCUCGCAGCCGUGGCUUCGGCCUUCUUCAUCCAGACCACUGCAGCUGCCCCGAUGACCACGCCCCCACCGGGACAUCAUAGAGGCGGUGCGAUCAUCGUCCAGAACACGAACAAACUCGUCGACGAGCCAUCCCUGCCACCGGUCGCCGUCCCGGAGGCUGUUGUGGUGCCUGCCCUACUUCCGCCCAUCGUUCCUGUCGCCCCAGCUCCCACGCUCGCUGUCGUGCCUCCGCCCGUGGCCCCCCUCGUCCCUGCGGUCCUUCCCGCCGCCCCGGUCGAACCAGCAAUGAUCCCAUCGGUGACGGUCCUGGAAGUACCCGCCGUAGAAGACGUCCAGAUCGUGAAAGCUCAACACUGA